CGGUGCUGUCAUUCCUCGGAUAUCAGAGGACCUUCUUCUUCGACGAGCUAAAUCUUUAUGCCAUGGGUGGACAAGUUAAACCAUGUUUGGUGCUGGUCUUCACCUUUUUUUUGCUUGUUCUUGCUUCAGCUGUAUCCACAAAUAGAAUCAAGUUUUUGAAACAAAUCAGAGAGGUGAACCGUAGAGGGCCGUACAUCGGUCUCAUCACGGUGUUUGCCACCGAGGAAGAUGCAUUUUUCGCUUCGGGAUCAUUUAAACCCGACCCCAAGUAUCCUUUCAUCGAUUUAUCGGGAAGAAGAUUUCGCAUUGGACAAGUUCGUGGAAGAGAAGUCGUUUAUGUCAGAUGUGGGAUUGGAACGAUCAAUGCGGUUGCGGCAACACAACAAAUGCUUGACGUAUUUCAUAUGAAAGGGAUCAUCCAUUUCGGUAUUGCUGGCAACACAAACAACUCAAUGUCCAUUGGAGAUGUUACCAUCCCAAAGCAAGUUGCUCAUACUGGCAUUUGGGAUUGGGUGAACCCGAAUUCAACCGUCGAUCCUGCCGAUGUUGCUCAACUGGACAUCGGAAACUACAAUGUCGCAAAAAGAAAUGGAACUAACCUCUUGGGUCAUAUUGGAUACAACAAAGAGCAAUUUUAUUCAGUAUCAGGGGAACCAAAUGUUGCUGAACGACUGGUUUGGGCUGAAAUAACUCCGCAUUGGCUUCGGCUUGCUUCCAGCUUGGAGGGCAUUAAACUAGAGCAGUGUGUGAAUUCAAGCCUGUGCCUACCGGAAAAACCCAAGCUAGUUGUUGGUUUGAGGGCCUCAACAGCCAACAUUUUUGUGGACAAUGCAGCAUAUAGAGACUUCCUUCUUCAAGAAUUUGGGGUUUCAUCAGCUGAUAUGGAGAGUGCAGCUGUAGUAAUGACAAGCUUGUCAAAUGGAUUCCCAGUGAUUGUGAUAAGAGGGCUAUCAGAUUUAGCUGGAAACCAGCAAGGAGACAAUGCUUGGAUCAAAUUUGGGAGCCUUGCUGCUUUAAACAGUGUCAAAGUUGUUUUGGGAUUCAUUUCUAAUCUACCACAUACUACUACCGCUACAAGUUAAUUACAAUCUUUCAAUGUUGUUGCCUUUUUCUUUAUUAAAAUUCCAAAUAAGCAUCUAAAUAAGAAAAGUUUAUUUAAUUUUGA